GGUAAGGCGGAGCACGGAAUCAACCCCUCGCCUCAAAAAUACAGCAAACAUUUGAACAUUCUACCAAACUUCAUCUAGAAAGCUCAGUCACCCUCGGCAAUAUUCCCACGACCCUCUCUGCAUGCUUUUGUGCAUCCUCGGGAAAAUCACCCUACCCCUGCUCUACUCCGCUGCCGUCUCCGAUAAGGAAGGGAGAUAAAGCCGGCAAAGUACAUUGAACUGAUCCAGGAACCACCUUACUCGAGCAUGCCCCGACCUUUUAAAUGGGGAGAAUAUUUCAACAAGGACACGCCACUCCCUAACCGCUCAAACAAAUACCAAGUUACCUGCCUCAAAUGCCAAAAAAAGAUACCUAAGGGGAGGUCGGAAGAUCGUACUCGACACCUUAUUGACGAAUGCCCGGGACUGAGUCCGGAGGAACGCAUGACGGUAGUUGAGGUUGAUACUAGAGAUAGGGAAGUAGCCGAAGCGGCGGCCGAAGAUCGAAAUGCAACAGGAAACAGAAUCAAAAGGCCCAGAAACCCCUGGGUCAAGAGCGAUUUCACGGAGGCGGGGGUAGCGGAGCUCUCGAGGCUCCUCAGAGCUCACCACCCAGUUGAAACUGAGACACAUUGGGCUGUAGUCCUCGGUGAGUAUAAUCUUUGGGCGCAGGGAAACGGUUACAAGAAGCGCACCCUCGAUAGCUUGAAGAAACAAUGGUACGUUGUGAGCUUCGGAUAGAGGGGCAUAAAUAUCGUCACGUCUGACACUAAGGAAAUAGGGAAUCCCGUGUCAUGAAUGCUCCCGGGGUGACGGCCUACAACUGCGCGCAAGACACAAGCAAGUAUGCAUGGGACACGGACGAGAGGGGGGAUAUGGGUAUGCCGGUAACCGGGGAUCUGGAAAAUGCGGGGAAUGAAGGCGAUACAGAUCUUGAAGCGAGUUACGAUUCAGGUCUCAUCGCUACAGCCGUUGGUCCAUCAUACCCGAUUGCUAGAGCUUCCCUGGAAAACCGGUUCAGCGAAAGCCAGCCUCCUGCUUCAACGCCUCUACCACUCCCGCCCGCAAAACGGCCUAGAGGAAGACCUGUGUGUGAGGCGCCUACAGCAACAGUAGCUCCUCGACCUGCAGAAAGCUCCUCGUUGGUCAAGGUGCUUGAACGCAUAAAUGAAGAGAAAGCCAAGCAGAUCGAGAAACUGGAGGCCAAAAUAGAAAAGCUGGAGGAAAAGCUUGAAAAGCUUGAUGAUUGGAAUAGGAAAUUGGAGAGUCGGAGUAGAGUCCUCGAAUUGCAGCUCAUGGCCAGAAAGGAUGUAGGUGGGUGGGCAGCUGGGGGAGAUGGUGGUAAUGGAGGCGGAAAGCGUAAGAGAGGGGACCCCACAGAUCUUGCAUCAUUGGCCCGGUUAGAAGAGGGUGGCGGGGAUGGGGAUGGAGGAGAAGCCAUUUAGUUAAUCAAAUCUGGUUAAGAGGUUACUCGGGUCAUUUCAAUGUGAUUGGCGGCGAUCUAGGGACCACCAAUCGAUACGGAAAGCGGGGUUGGUCAUUAAUGUCCUGGUUUGCGGGGUGUCUCAAGAGCCUCUGGCCUGAAAGGGCAGCCUAUUGAGUGAAAUUGUUUAUUAGUCUAUGUUUGUAUUUUUCGGCUUGCCGGAGCAUCAGCGCCC